AUGGUGCAGACGAGGAAAGCAGCGGACGAGCAGCAACAGCAGCAGCAGCAGCAGCAACAGCAGCAGCAGCAAAGCCAGUUCAGUGGCGUCACGGAUGAACAAGCGGUGGAGGCUAAUCGAGCACUGCAAUGGACCAAUGGUUUGGCCUCGUCAAGUGCCUUCAUCACGCUGGUCAGUGGCCCAAAUGCCAGUUCCGCAGGCGCCGAAUCGGGAUCGGUCCCGCCGGAUGUUUGGCAUCGCACUGACAGCGGCGAUCUUGGCUAUGCCGGUCAGAGUAAUACCCAGCAACUGCUUGCGUCCACCGAAAAAGUGAGUUCCUCUUUGUGUUGUAAUGUAUUGUAUUCGACGAACUUCAAGGGAAUUUUCCCUACUAAUUUACGACCAAAAUCAAGUGUUUGA